CUACGCCCAUUUUUCAAGCGGGUAAUGCAGUGCCCAAUUUUGGUUGUAUUCCGUGCUGCAUGCAUGAAAUGUCGGUAACAGGAGAGUGUUAUUGAUUUUUCGUAACGGGAGCGAGCGAGAAGGUUAUACUUAUACCUUCUCGCUCGCUCCCGUUACGAAAAAUCAAUAACACUCUCCUGUUACCGACAUUUCAUGUAUGCAGCACGGAAUACAACCACGGACAUGCACCAAGUGGAGACUUUAUCGGCAGUACUUGAAAAUGGGUGUAGCGGAAUAGUUCCAAAAUUGGAAAUGGGCGUAAAGCGCUGGAAUCAGUCCAGCGAAAACGGUAACAGGCAAAACGCCGGGAUGGCCGCUCUCAGGUUUCUCUCUGUCAGCCAUAUUCUUUCCUCCAUGGUUUGACUAUAAAACUUCUGACGUAUUUUUCCUUCUUGAUAACGUCAUCUGAAUACUUGAAUAUCGCAGUUGGUGAGACACGUGAUAUCAGGUUCAGUUUCUCGCUCUAUUUAAUUUUCCGAAUCUCGAAGUUUUCUUCAGCUCACUUUUUUUCAACAGCGUGCCUUGAAGAAAAGAAAUGGCAAGGAGGACACAACCGGCUUGGCAUCUGCCAGAUGCGAAGGACGCCACGGUGCUGCGACUGUACAACAGUUUGACCAGACAGAAGGAAGUGUUCGUUCCGCAGUUCGGUAAUCGCGUUCUGUGGUACAGUUGUGGACCUACUGUUUACGAUGCGUCACAUAUGGGCCAUGCAAGAUCAUAUAUAUCCUUUGAUAUUCUACGCCGUGUACUAUCAGAUUACUUUGGAUACGACGUCUUAUAUGUGAUGAAUAUUACCGAUAUAGAUGAUAAGAUUAUAAAAAGAGCAAGGCAGAAUUAUUUGUAUGAGAAGUACGUGGAGGAAAAUCGCGGCCUGAAUAGCGCACUAAAUGAUACCACAGAUGUGAUGUCCGCUUUGGAGAAUGUUGUGAAAACAACAAGUAGCACUGAUAAGAAAUGCAUGUUGGAGAAGAUGUUACAGAGUAUAACGAAAGCUAUUGAGGAUCUACAGAAAGCAGUGGAAGAAAAGAAUGAAGAAAAGAUUGCGGAGGCACAAGAAGCGUUAUUGAGGGAGGCUAGAGAUCCCUUGUCCAAUUGGCUGGAUGAAAGUAAAGGUGGUACAAUCACGGAACAUUCUAUAUUUAAUAAAUUAUCUCAGCAUUGGGAAGCUGAAUUUCAUAAAGAUAUGGACGCUCUAAAUGUAUUAAAGCCGAACGUGCUCACAAGAGUCAGUGAAUAUAUACCUGAGAUAAUAGCGUUUGUACAACGAAUAAUAGAUAAUGGGCUUGCUUACGAAAGUAAUGGUUCUGUAUAUUUUGACGUCGGCAAGUUUGACAAACUGGAGAAACAUUCUUACGCUAAGCUUGUACCAGAGGCGUAUGGCGAUACGUCAAGUUUGGAAGAGGGAGAAGGCGACUUGAGCACCACGGCAGAGAAGCUGUUGGAGAAGAGAUCGGUAACAGACUUUGCACUCUGGAAAAGCUCAAAGGCCGGUGAACCCUGGUGGGACAGUCCCUGGGGCAAAGGACGUCCAGGAUGGCAUAUCGAAUGCUCGGUCAUGGCGUCAGCAAUUUGCGGAGAAAGCUUGGACAUCCAUACAGGCGGGGUGGAUCUUAAGUUUCCCCAUCAUGAUAACGAACUCGCGCAAGCCGAAGCGUAUUUUGAUAAUUCGCAUUGGGUCAGAUAUUUCCUGCACUCUGGCCACUUGACUAUAGCUGGCUGCAAAAUGUCAAAGUCGCUAAAGAACUUUGUGACAAUACAAGACGCUUUAAAGAAACAUUCUAGUAGGCAGCUCAGACUUGCCUUCCUUCUGCAUUCGUGGAAAGAUACUCUAGAUUACAGCGAUAAUACUAUGAGUAUGACUACGCAAUACGAAAAGUUUCUUAAUGAAUUCUUUUUAAAUGUAAAAUGCAGGAUUAGAAGUUUGGGAACAAAUACUACUAUUAGUACUUUUACUAAAUGGUCAGAUUCCGAAUUAGAACUCGACAAGAAAUUUCAUCUUGCAAAGCAUUCUAUACAUAAAGCAUUGUGCGACAAUAUUGAUACGAGGACUGUUCUCGAUUUGAUACGAGAGCUCGUAGCAAAUUGCAACGUGUACAUGAAUCAAAGUAAAAAUCCAAAUAUGCUUCUUCUUAGGGAUAUUGCUGUAUAUAUUACGAAGAUGUUUAUCCUUUUCGGAGCAAUUUCUUCUUCCUACGAUUCAAUUGGAUUUCCAAUUGAUGAUGAGGCAGUCACUACAAAUGUUGAAGAGACCGUCAUGCCAUAUCUUGAAAUUUUGGGAAAUUUCCGGGAGAAAAUUCGAAAUUGCGCGAAAACCUUGAAGGCAACCGAAAUUUUGCAAGAGUGCGAUCGAUUGCGCGACGAGAUUUUGCCGAACAUCGGCGUGCGAUUGGAAGAUAGUAAUGAAGGCGCUUGUAAAGUAAAAUUAGUUAACAAGGAAGAGUUGUUAAAAGAGAAAGAAAUUAAGAAGAAAUUAGAACUCGAGAAACACUUGGAAAAGGAGAAAAGAAAAGCUGAAAUUGCUGCCGCCACAGCGGCGAAAGAAGCGCAAAGAAGAAUAUCGCCGAAUGAUAUGUUCAGAUUGCAGAAAGAUAAAUAUUCGCAAUUUGAUGACAAGGGAUUGCCGACGCACGAUGCCGAAGGUAAAGAAAUUAGUAAAGGCUUACUUAAGAAAUUGCAAAAGUCUCAGCAAGCACAGGAGAAGAUAUAUAAUGAAUACUUGGCUUCCACGCAGUUUCCAAAUGGUUCUUUAUAAGAUUUUAUACAUAAAAAAUGUCUACAAAGCUGUAGCGCAAGAUACCAGUUUUAUAUUCAACAUCUACACUGUCAUUUUACCAUUACAAAGAAUGACAAUUUCCUUGUUUGAAAGUAUUGAGAAAUAUCUAACUGGCUGUAUCAACGAUUUGUAAGAUACACCAAAAUAAUUUCAAACUAGUCUGAAUAUAUAUCUGAAUCUUAGCUGACACGAAACUCUCUUUAAAGCUUUGUUUUAAAAGCUUUAGCAAAGGGAUUAAUUAAAAAUGCUGCGAUUUCUUAUCGUUAUCUUUUCUCUAUGAUUGAGUAUUUUCAGCCGUUAAACUUUCUCAAAUUAUUUUGUAAACUGUUAAUAUAACUAUUCUAAAUA